CAUCCUCCUCCUCCUCCGGCUGCCAGCGAGCCGCCUUGGGCCUGGGCCGAGCCGAGGUUCCGAGGGCACGGAGCCAUGGCGCACCAGACCGGCAUCCACGCCACUGAGGAGCUGAAGGAGUUCUUUGCCAAGGCCCGGGCUGGCUCCAUCCGACUCAUCAAAGUCGUCAUAGAGGACGAGCAGCUCGUGCUGGGGGCGUCGCGGGAGCCAGUGGGCAGCUGGGACAGAGACUAUGACCGCACCGUGCUGCCGCUGCUGGAUCCUCAGCAGCCCUGCUACCUUCUCUUCCGCCUGGACUCCAGGAAUGCCCAGGGCUUUGAGUGGCUCUUCCUCGCGUGGUCACCUGAUAAUUCCCCUGUGCGACUGAAGAUGCUCUACGCGGCCACACGGGCCACAGUGAAGAAGGAGUUUGGGGGUGGCCACAUCAAGGAUGAGCUCUUUGGGACUGUGAAGGACGACCUCUCCUUCGCCGGCUACCAGAAGCACCUGUCAUCCUGUGCGGCACCCGCCCCGCUCACCUCCGCUGAGCAAGAGCUGCAGCAGAUUCGCAUCAAUGAGGUGAAGACGGAGAUCAGCGUGGAGAGCAAACACCAGACCCUGCAAGGCCUUGCCUUCCCCCUGCAGCCUGCGGCCCAGCACGCUCUGCAGCAGCUACAGCAGAGGGCUGUCAACUACAUCCAGCUGAAACUGGAUCUGGAAAGGGAGACAAUUGAGCUAGUGCACACGGAGCCCACAGACGUGGCCCAGUUGCCCUCACGGGUCCCCAAAGAUGCCGCCCGCUACCACUUCUUCCUUUACAAGCACACCCAUGAGGGGGACCCUCUGGAAUCUGUGGUGUUCAUCUACUCCAUGCCGGGAUACAAGUGCAGCAUCAGAGAACGAAUGCUCUACUCCAGCUGCAAGAGCCGCCUUCUCGACUCUGUGGAGCAGGACUUCCGGCUGGAGAUCUCCAAGAAGAUUGAGAUCGACGAUGGGGCAGAGUUGACGGCCGACUUCUUGUACGAUGAGGUUCACCCCAAGCAGCAGGCCUUCAAGCAGGCUUUCGCCAAGCCCAAGGGCCCGGGGGGCAAGCGGGGCCACAAGCGCCUCAUCCGAGGUCCCGGAGAGAAUGGAGACGACAGCUAAGUGGCUGGACUGAGCCAUGAGGCGUGUGGACUGUGGGGCCGUGCACCCCCCCCACACACACUCCCACCCACCUCCCUCCUUUGCUCGGAUCCCAGGGUAGGGCUGCUUCCAGGUGGGCAGCUUCCAGCAGCCCCUGAACUGGCAUAUGUGACCUCCUCCUGCAACUCCUCUGUGUCCAGGGCAUCUAGGGGCCCUGCCCAGCUGGCUCCCGGGAGUGGGGGAGCCUGGGUUGAGUCUGGCUCCCAGGGGAACAGCUGAGGGGCCCCAUCACAGGCCAGAAGCCUUUGGCCACAGGGUGGGGAGGAGACGAUUGAAUGCUGUAUUUUUUAAAGAAUAAAAUAUUUUUAAAUCAA